AUGUUACGCAUUCCCAAAACCCAAUAUACGGCGUUUUGCUUGAAUGCGGCUCGUAAUAAGUCCACCAACGCUCGUCCUACCACAGGCGAUGAGUAUCAGUACCUGCAGCGAACAAAGAUACCGAUGCUUCAUUUCCAACCGUCAUUGCCAAGACUGCCGAUUCCAGAACUCGAGAAAACUUGCACUCGCUACCUGGCGGCUCAGCAACCCUUACUCGCUGCGGACGCUUAUGAACGCACGAAGGAGGCCGUGCAGCAGUUCUCCAAAAAUGAAGGACCAAAGUUACAGGCGCUCCUUAAAGAAUUCGAUUCAAAAAACAAACACACCAGCUACAUCUCCGAGCCGUGGUUCGACAUGUACCUGCGGGACCGUGUGCCGCUUCCGCUAAACUACAAUCCGUUGCUCAUGAUGAACCCGGACCCGCGGCCAGAGUACAACGGUCAGCUGUUACGUACUACCAAUCUGGUCAUCAGUUCACUGCGAUUCAUGAAAUCGCUUCGUGCUAAAUACCUCGAGCCAGAAGUGUUCCAUUUGAACCCGGCUAAAAGCGACACCAGCAAAUUCCGCACCGUGACUUCGCUGAUGCCUUCCAUUAUCUCCACGUACGUAGCGUACACGUUCCAAGCUUAUCCGCUCGAUAUGAGCCAAUAUCAGGGGCUAUUUGGUGCCACACGCAUUCCGGAACUAGGCAAAGAUCGCAUUUAUCGCAACGAAUCUUCCCGCCACGUCCUUGUGAUGCGUAACGGCAACAUGUACGCGGUAGAUGUGCUCGACGAAAGCGGCAACAUCGAACAACCCGCUACGCUGUACGCACGGUUCGAACGAAUAUUAUCCGACGGAAAGCCACCAGCAGGAGAUCCGCUCGGUUUGCUGACGACAGAAAAUCGCGACACGUGGGCAGCGGCCAGAACACACCUUGGCCAGCUCGGCGACAACGAAAAGUCGCUUGCACUCGUCGAUUCGGCACUGUUCUGUCUCUGCUUGGACGAAUCGACAAUCGAUCCCAACAACCCCAUUCCAGCGAUUCGCAAUUUCCUAUUCGGUGAUGGUACGAACCGGUGGUUCGAUAAAUCUUUUUCGCUCAUCGUAGCCAAGGAUGGCACGGCCGGCAUCAAUUUCGAGCAUUCGUGGGGCGAUGGUGUGGCCGUGUUGCGAUACUUCAAUGAGAUCUUCAAAGAAACCACUACUGCACCGUUCGCACAUCCCGGCUUAAAGGGAGCCCAAGACCAAGCGAAGGAUGCCGUCGGUUCGAUCGAUUUCACGCUCGACGAUCGGGUGAGGGCUGCCGUGCGAACAGCGGAGAAUAACCACAACGCCGUUAUCGAUUCACUGGACAUGAACUACAUGAAGUAUGAGGGAAUAAACAAGAACGUAUGCAAAAAGCAACGCAUUAGCCCGGAUGCCGUGAUGCAGCUCGGAUUUCAGCUGGCAUACUAUAAACAGCACGGCCAGUUCGUUGGCACCUACGAGUCGUGUAGUACUGCAGCGUUUCGCCAUGGUCGCACUGAAACUAUGCGCCCAUGUACGCUGGCCACGAAAACGUUCUGCGAGGAGAACGAACGGAGAAAUCAACCGAACGGGAAAAGCUUGGCGGAACUACGAGAAAUUAUGAACAAAUGCUCCACGAUGCACGGCCAGCUGACGAAGGAAGCCGCCAUGGGACAGGGUUUUGAUAGGCAUCUUUUUGGUUUGCGACAUACCGCGCAGCAGAAUGGACUUCCGAUGCCGGCACUCUAUCAAGAUCCGGCGUAUGCCGCGAUCAAUCACAACAUUCUGUCGACUAGCACGCUCUCGUCGCCGGCGCUUUUGGCUGGUGGAUUCGGACCGGUGGUCAAGGAUGGGUACGGCAUCGGGUAUAACAUCCAGGACGGAUAUCUCGGCAGUGUCGUGUCUAGCUACAAAUCGAACCGUAAUGGACGCGAAUUUGUCGACUGUCUUCGAGCGGCAUACGAAGACAUCAACAAAGUGCUCACCGCCAGUGGGCCACCGUCCAAAGAAAAGUAAUCGUUGGGAUAGGGAGCAAAGUGGUGGGUGUUAGGUG